AAACAGACGUGCGCAUUGCAAUCCUUUACUUCUGUCAGGCUUCAUGAAUAGCCCCACAAAUCGGCACUGCAGUAUUUUUACGUUCCGUUGCUGCUGAAAAAGUUGUUUCAUUGCACGACACGUCAGAAUUGGGGAGCAAAACCACUCAAAACUUCAGAUCUAAACAGGUUUGCAAAGUAUACGUUUGUUACUACUGUGAAAUUGGGCACGAUGGCUGUUAUGAUGAAAGCAUCGAAAUGUCCCACGGAUGAGCUGUCGUUGAAAAACAGGGCCAUCGUCAACAGUAUGGAUUUCCCUGAAGACAUCAAGUACAUCGAUGUCUCAACAGCUCCUGGACAGCAUUUCAUCUUCUCUGUAGAACGAUGUUCCGACAUUCCUAAUUACUGCAUUGGUUUUUCUCUGCUGCAGCGGAAGUGGGCAACUUUGUCAAUUAAUCAGGACAUAUCGGUAAGACCUUAUCAUUUCGACCGAUCGUCUGAGAUCUUGUGCAAUGUGUGUAUUGAAGUGGACUUUCUUCAAAAGAAAACUACUACGUUGGAGCCGUACGAUAGUGACCAGAUGGCUAAGGAUUUUAUUUUGCAGUUUGCCGGGCUGGCACUAACUGUUGGACAGCCGCUGGUUUUUAGCUUUGCCGACAAAAAAUUGCUAUGCCUCUGCAUUAAAUCGAUGGAAGCGAUCGACGCCAAUGCGAGCGUACAGGGAGACAAGAGUGGAAAAGCGGAGCCCAAGAAGACCAAUUUUGGUCGACUUCUAGGAAACACCAAUGUUACCUUCGAAAAAAUGGAAAACUCAUCAAUAAAUUUGGUUGGCAAGGCUAAGGGUAAGAUAGUUCGGCAAUCGAUUAUCAACCCGGACUGGGAUUUCGGUAAAAUGGGCAUUGGUGGUUUGGACAACGAAUUCAAUGCUAUCUUUCGGCGUGCGUUCGCUUCACGUGUGUUUCCUCCGGAGAUUGUCGAACAGCUGGGUUGUAAGCACGUGAAGGGCAUUCUUCUUUAUGGACCACCGGGAACUGGUAAGACGCUAAUGGCUCGUCAGAUAGGCAACAUGCUUAAUGCUCGUGAACCGAAGAUUGUCAAUGGCCCUCAAAUUUUGGACAAGUAUGUUGGCGAAUCGGAGGCUAAUGUUCGACGAUUGUUUGCUGACGCAGAAGAGGAAGAAAAGAGAUUGGGUCCUAACAGCGGUCUACACAUCAUUAUCUUCGAUGAAAUAGAUGCUAUCUGCAAGGCUCGUGGUAGUGUUGGUGGCAAUAGUGGAGUCCAUGACACUGUUGUGAAUCAACUACUGGCAAAAAUUGAUGGUGUUGAACAAUUGAAUAACAUUUUGGUAAUUGGCAUGACCAACAGACGUGAUAUGAUCGAUGAGGCAUUGUUGCGACCCGGUCGAUUAGAAGUUCAGAUGGAAAUUAGUCUUCCCAAUGAGGAAGGUCGGGUUCAAAUUUUAAACAUUCAUACAAAACGUAUGAGAGACUUCAAGAAGAUUAACCCUGAUGUUGAUAAUAAGGAAUUAGCUGCUUUAACCAAGAAUUUCAGUGGCGCUGAAAUAGAAGGUUUGGUUCGUGCCGCUCAAUCAACAGCUAUGAAUCGAUUGAUAAAAGCAGCUUCCAAAGUCGAAGUAGAUCCCGAAGCGAUGGAAAAACUUAUGGUUAACCGUAACGAUUUUCUUCAUGCUCUCGAAAAUGACAUCAAACCGGCUUUCGGAACAUCUCAAGAAGCACUUGAAAAUUAUCUCACCCGUGGAAUCAUUAAUUGGGGUCUCCCGGUAUCGCACGUUUUGCAAGAUGGCGCUCUUUAUACCCAACAAGCCAGAUCUGCCGAAGGCACUGGCUUAGUUUCAGUUUUGCUCGAGGGCCCACCGAAUUCCGGAAAAUCAGCUUUGGCAGCUCAACUGGCAAGGAUGUCCGAUUUCCCGUUCGUAAAGGUUUGCACACCAGAUGAUAUGGUUGGAUUUACCGAGAAUGCCAAGUGUUUGACAAUAAGAAAGUUCUUCGACGAUGCGUAUCGCUCAACGUUGAGCUGUAUUUUGGUAGAUAAUAUCGAGCGACUUUUGGAUUACGGACCAAUUGGCCCAAGAUAUUCCAACAUUACGCUUCAAGCGCUACUGGUACUAUUGAAGAAACAACCACCGAAAGGAAAGAAGCUACUAAUCCUGUGUACUUCCAGCCGAAGGCAGGUCCUGGAGGAUAUGGAAAUGCUGUCAGCAUUCACUGCUGUACUACACGUACCAAAUCUUUCGCAACCAGAACACAUUUUAUCGGUCCUGGAAGGAUUUGACGAUGUGUUCACUAAACAGGAGUUAGCAACCAUUUACAAGCGAAUGAAGGGACACAAAGUGUUUGUGGGCAUAAAAAAAUUACUUGAUCUGAUUGAACUGUCGAGGCAAAGCGAUCCACAGAAUCGUGCGAAUAAAUUCCUCUCGAAGCUGGAGGAGGAAGGAGGACUUGAUGCUGGAACAUCGAUCCACUAACUUAUAACCGGAGGGUAGCUAUGGAGUCUAAGUAUUACUUCAUUCAACGACGUAUUUUAAGAAUAAAUAACACACAGUACACUAUGCCCUCACUAAAUUCUAUCAGGGUUCCAAUUGCUAAAAGUGAAUCAAUGAUUUUGUUCGUACUAUUCGCAACGUUUGUCCUAACGAAGUUGUUAUGCAAGUACAUCAAUUAUUAUACAGCUACAAGCAGAUGGCAGAUUUGCUUCAACAUAGACUACAUGACAACAAAUUAAAGGUGGAUCUGGUACAUCGUAAGAUACAUGUAUCAUUGCAAUGGCCAUGAUUAAAAUUUACUUUUUAUGUACUCUCAGAAUAGUCGUAGAUAACGAAAUGAAAGAAACGAUUGCUAGAUCUCAAAAAAGUAUAUAAGUUGCAGAGAAUAACGAAUUAGUUCGUUACAGCUCAGGCGUAUGUAUGCAUCAUAGUAAUAUGCACAUGGUUUUUGUUGCUAUGUUUUAGUAUUAGCGUUAGAGAUCAAAAAUAAUCGUGACUCCCACCUUAGUUACCCUUCGCUAAUUGUAAGUGUCAAAAGUUUGCGAUUUGAAUUAACCGUGCGUUAACUGAAGAUAGAAUAAUUUAGCUUUUCAAUUCAAUGGUGUAUGUAUGUUGCUACCGGAAAAGCAAUAAACUUUCGGAAUUUAUUGUAGCAUCAUGUGAUCUAAUACUAAUUUAUUUUAUAUUUGUGUUGUGUUAUAUCAAAUGAUAUAUGCAUUCCCAACUUGUUGCUACGUAUAUUAAGGUACUAUUGUUUUAUUGUAAACAAAUCAACGACGUUCUAUACUUUUGCAACAAGUUUAAAUAUUCCGAAACAAAAUAGCACAUAGUCCAUGGCCCCGUUCAAAUUUGACAAAAAUAUUACCAACGUGAUGUAUAAUCUGCAUCUAUUUAUUAGAGAAGAAAGUUUGAAUUCAACAAAGCGUAUUACCGAAGGAAAUAGAUUAAUAUAUUAUUAUAUUGUAAAUUAAUAAACUGUUAUUCAGAGUGUAUUAACGA